AUGGCGACCGUGCACCCGUCACGUAUGGCUCUUAUCCCACAAGAUAUGCGGGAAACACGGAACGACAGAGACAGAAGAAGGAAUCGCUCGCCAUCACCUCGGAGGUCUCGUCGCAGCCCUUCUCCUCGGCGGAAUAGGAGCAGGGAAAGAUACAUGGAUGGAGGAAGGGAUGGAGGAAGGGGGAGAGACUCGGGCUACGAUCGUAACCGACGUAAUGGGAGGGAAAACAGCAGGGAACGAGGCCGCGACGACCAUCGUGCCUCCGAACCUCGCAGAGCGAGUCCGGAAUACGAUGACUACAGGCGGCCUCCUCCACCCUCGGGAGGAGAUGCACCGGCAACAUGGAAGCCGCUUGAUACUUACUCUAUACGCCCGUACUAUCAGGGCGGCGGAGCCGAUUUCUUAGAAGACCGGCGUAUUCAACGAGAAAAUCGAAUAGUCAACCCUUGGCCAGCGUCACCGAAGGAACCGGCUCGAGAACUGUCUCCGAAGAGAAGCAAAAAGUCCAGCAGAAAGUCAAAGCGGCAAAGGUCUUCAUCACCAAGCUCAUCAGAUGACUCGGAAGAGGAGAGGAGGUGCCGAGACCGGAAAGAACGGAAACGUGCCCAGAGGAAGCAGAAGGAAGAGAGGAGAGACAAGAAACGCAGUCGUCAUCACGAGGAGGAUGACCGCGAGGAUGACCGCGAGAGGCAUCAUCGACAUCGCAGUCAAAGUCGAAGCAAGAGUGCCCUUCCAGUCUCUCUCAGCCCUAGCCCCAGCCCCAGUCGCAGUGCCAGCCCGGCUCGCAUGGUCGUCGAUAAGCAUGCCCACCCUUCCACGAAGAAAUCCCGUCAUUCAUCGAAGGUGGAUGAUGACGACUCAGGGGACGAAGUGGGCCCUAAGCCCAUUGUCGUCAAAAACACCACCAAGAAGAUCGACGAGCGUGCCUACGGUGGUGCCCUUCUCCGCGGAGAAGGCAGUGCGAUGGCGGCGUUCUUGCAGGACGGCACAGAGACGCGUAUUCCGCGCCGUGGUGAAAUUGGCCUAACGUCGGAUGAGAUUGCCCAGUUCGAGGAUGUUGGUUAUGUUAUGAGUGGAAGCAGGCAUAGGAGGAUGAAUGCGGUGCGUAUGAGGAAGGAAAACCAGGUCAUCAGCGCGGAGGAGAAGAGGGGUAUACUCAAACUGCAGAAGGAGGAGAAGGCGAGACGAGAGGCGAUUCUGAGGGAGGAAUUCAGCGAGCUGGUCAACGAGAGGUUGAAGGCGAGCUCGAGCCAGGCGCCACCGAAGUAA